AUGUCCGAACCAAAACCAACCCUCACAGCAUCCCCAUCCUCACCACUCCCCCCAACAACCGCAAUAGAUGACGACGUAGCCCAGAUCCCCAGCUGGCGAAAAUGGGUCAUCCUCUUCGUCGUAUGCUGGAUGCCCCUCCCCAUGACAUUCUGGAGCACCGCCAUAAUGCCCGCCACGCUCGAAGUAGCAUCCGACCUAAACAUCCCCGUGACGACCAUCACGACCAUCAACGCGGGUGUUUUUGUAGCACAGGCGCUGUCGGGGCUGAUUUGGCUGCCUGUUACUCCUCUUCUUGGUAGUAUCAUCGCGACAUUUACCAGCUGGCGAGUCAUCUACGGCGUUGAAGCCGGCAUGUGUCUCUUUGGUCUCAUUCUUUCUCUGUUAUUCAUCCCGAAGGCUAGUGAAGUUGAGAAUCCCAAGUUGGCUGAGACGACACGUCCUCGAACAGGGAAAGAGAUUCUUCGGACCUUUAAUCCUAUGCACGUCUUUUGUCAAUUCAAAUAUCCCAAGGUCAUCCUCGCUAACGUCGCCUGCGGUCUCCUCGGCUUUAACCAAUACGGCAUCCUCUCCUCCAUCCGCCGCGUCAUAAACCCUCGGUUCAAUCUCACAUCCCCUCUCUCCAGCGGUCUCUUCUACCUCGCUCCCGGCGCUGGUUUUCUCGUUGGAAGUACCGUCGGCGGUAAGAUCUCUGACGUAGUCGUCAAGCGAUACAUGCGAAAGCGAAAUGGACAGAGAAUUCCUGAAGAUCGCUUGAAUAGCAGUCUAGUCAGUGUUCUCAUCAUCCUCCCUCUUGGAACGCUGCUCUACGGAUGGAGUGUUUAUCAUAGACUUGGUGGUAUGGCGCUGCCAAUAAUCAGCGCGUUCAUCGAAGGGUUUGGACUCAUGGCUUCGUUUAGUGGGCUGAAUACAUAUGCAGCUGAGGUUCGACCAGCACAUAGAACAGCAGUCAUUACAGGAAAAUACGUUAUUCAGUAUAGUUUCGGCGCAAUGAGCGUUGGAGGUGUCGUUCCAAUGAUUGACGGCAUCGGCGUAGGCUGGGCCUUCACCGGCUUGUCUGAUGAAGAAUCAUCUUGGCGUGAACAGCGUGCCAAACAGAUGAUUCCCAAUCUCCAAGACUACCUCAAACUCGCCAACAUUUCCGACUUCAACGUCACGAACUAUAUAGACAAACUCAAGAGUGAUGAUGUCCCAAUCGUUGGUCUUUCAGUCUCCGGUGGAGGCACACAAUCUGGUUUUGGAGGACUGGGAGUCUGGCAAGCCUUUGAUGCUCGGUCUGCUGUCGCUCGGGCUGCGAGGACGGGCGGCUUGACGCAGCUUCUCUCGUACAUCACUGGUCUAUCCGGCGGAGGCGCUGUCACCGUAUCCCUUCUCGCCGCAAACAAUUUCACCACAACAGACGGCAUCAAAAGAGCCUCCAACUUCUCCCUCGACUACGCAUCCGGUCCCAACGGCAAUCAAACAGCCUUCUUCACCAGCAUCUUCGAAAACAUGGGCGCCAAAGACGAGUCCGGCUUCCCCGUCUCUGUGGCCGACACAUUCGGUCAAUUCUGGGGAACUUGGCUUCCCGACGGUAAAGUAUACAGCAACUACUCCGACAUCGCCUCGAAAAACACAGCCUUCACCCUCGGCGACGCUCCAAUGCCAAUCAUGUGCUUCGCAGAAGUCGUCCCCGGAAAAUCCCCCGAGAUCGGAAACCUCAUGUAUCCCGGCUUCAACAAAUCUACACGCUUCAACUUGACAGCUUAUGAAGUCACACCCUUUGAGUUUGGAAGUUGGGUCGGCGGACGUGUACAGGCGUUUAUCCAGACCAAGUUCCUGGGUACUUCUAUGGCGGAGGGAAAACCACAGAAUAAGAGCGAAUGUGUUCAAGGGUUCGAUAAACUUACGCUCAUGCAGGGGACAACUGCUAAUGCAUUUACGGCGUGGUUUAUUGAUUCGUUUUAUGGAAUUCCGGUGUUUGCGAAGAGAUGGUUGGGGAAGAGACAGAAGGUUAAUCUGGAUAUUAACGACGUUCAUGUUCCGAGGGAUCAGUAUGAUAAUCCGCUUGUUCAGCUUGUGAAUGAGACGGCGAUGUAUUUUGAUCUGACGUUUAAUGAGUCGUUGUGGGCGACGUAUCCGAAUCCGUUUGAGGAUUAUAAUGAGGAUAUGAAGGGUGUUUCUGGGCUUCUUCUGGUCGAUGGGAGUCUUACGCUUGAGAGCAAUCCUCUUCGCCCGUUGAUCAUUCCUGAACGCAAGCUUGACUUGAUCAUUGUUUACGAAGCAUCAUCUGAUGCGCCCAACUCUUGGGUAAACGGAACCAAUCUCAUCAACACCGCCCUCACCGCAUCCCAAGGCAAUAUCCCCUUCCCCAAGAUCCCCGACGUAAACACCAUCGUCGCCCAAACCCUCUCCUUCCAACCAACAUUCUUCGGCUGCAACGCCUCAUCCUCCACGCCCCUCCUCCUCUGGCUGCCGAACGCCCCAUGGACAGGGUACAGCAACUACUCCUACACGCAGACGCAAUUCACACCCAACCAAGUCGACAUUGCUCUUCAGAACGCAUUCCAAGUAGCCACGUACGGCAACGGUAGCGUUGAUGAGAAUUGGCCUGCUUGUUUAGCUUGUGCGGCUAUUAAGGGCUCGUUGAGAAGAUUGGAUAUUGAGAUGCCGAGGCAGUGUGAGGAGUGCUUUGAGAGGCAUUGCUGGAAUGGAUCGACGAGUGAUAGGGAGGCUACGGCGAGGGACUUUGAUCUUAGGCCGAGAUUGGAUCCGGAGUUGAGCUUUGCGAAGUGGAAUGAGAGUGAUUGGGAGAAGGAGGCGAGUACGGGUAAUGGAAGUGGAAGUGGAGGGGAAGAUUCGGCUGGUGUCAAGCUUGGUAAUGGCAUGCUUGGUCUGGUUUGGUCAUUGGUCGCAAUGGCUGCACUACUGUAG